AUGUACCGAGUUGAGGAGGUCAUUCAGAACGGGGUUGUGGUUUCUAUCCUUGCCCACCUCACCAACCCCUUCGACGCAUUCUACCGUCUCGGCCGCGUGUUCUGGUGUGGCUGCGAGUUCAUCGCUUUCACCACCCACAACAUAUUCACGGACUACAUCAACAUCUUCCCCACAAUGGAGCUUGUAAGCGUACUAUAG